UUCUGCGAGGAGUUCAAGGAGAAGUGUCCCAUCUGCGUGCCCUGCGGGCUGAAGCUGGCGGAGAAGACGCAGACGGCCAUCGUCCGGCACUUCGGCCUGCAGAUCCUGGAGCAUGUGGUCAAGUACCGGUGGAACAAUAUGCCUCGCCUAGAAAAAGUUUAUCUGAAGAACAAUGUUAUGGGCCUCAUAUCCAGUGGAACUCAAAGUAUUCUGGAGGAGGAAAGUCACAUUAAGGAUGUUCUGUCUCGCAUUGUGGUGGAGAUGAUCAAGCGUGAGUGGCCUCAGCACUGGCCUGACAUGCUAAAGGAGCUGGAUACUCUCUCCAAGCAAGGGGAAACUCAGACAGAACUGGUCAUGUUCAUCCUCCUACGUUUGGCAGAGGAUGUGGUGACUUUUCAAACUCUGCCUACCCAGCGGCGACGAGACAUCCAGCAAACCCUCACUCAGAACAUGGAGAAGAUCUUCAGCUUCCUACUGACUGCUUUGCAGCAGAAUGUCAGCAAGUACAGAUGCAUGGUUGGAUCACCCCAGGAACAAGAAGUCCUCACCACUCCACAG